UGUGUGGCAAACGGUGUUUAACGGGCGGAGCACUGGAGGCACAUAUGCGAAGACAUGACCCGUGGAAGUAUGCAUUGGAUCGACAACAGCGUCAGGAGCUUAAAGACAGGUGCUAUGACUCGACUAGUAAUACGUGGAUCUGUGACCAAAUUGGUUGCCAAAAGACAUGCAAUACUUACCAUCAGAUAAGAGCGCAUUUGUUUAGUGUCCACAAGAGUGCGGACAUUGUCUGUGAUUUUCCUGAUUGCGGCAAAAAGUUCAAAAUGUUAGGAACAAUGCAAAAGCAUUUCCGCAUUUUUCACACCGACGACAAGCCGUUCGUGUGUCCGCACGAAGAGUGCGGACAACGGUUUGUAAAUAAUAACGAUUUGAGGGCACAUUUGGUUCGCCACGAAACUGAUCGCCGAUUUGCCUGCGAUUUCAUUGGCUGUCAAAAGCGACACCAAAGGACACACACGGGUGAGCGGCCGUAUGUCUGCGAUUGGCCCGAAUGUGGCAAACGGUUCACUCGACCCGACUAUUUGAGAGAUCACAAGAAUGUCCACAACAAUGUCAAACCCUAUGCCUGUCAUUGGCCCGGAUGUCAAUACCGGUGCAGUCAUAAGAGUAAUGAGAAACUCUUUGUAAUCGUCUCUUUACUCAGACAUCACUCAAACACAUCCAAUGGCGGCCUGUUCUCGCGUUGUGUCAGCUAUUGGUUCGGAGAUGUGUUCCCGCAAUACAGCCAACACUCGGAGGCCAACGAACCCGAUGUCAGCCCAACUGAAGGCAUCCGAUUCUCU